AUGCGAGUCAACGCAGAGGACUAUGAGCGCCGCCUACCCAAACUGAUUACGACCGGCGUUCUCUCCAGGAAGUCGUCUUUCGCCAUCGGCCAGCCUGCCAAGCUGUUUGUCUGCAUUAGCGACUCUUCCCCUCUCCUCACGACACGGCUGCCCCUGUCGUCGGCGCAGCAGCAGCAAGGCACGAUUGGGACCGGCCCCACACCCACCCAAGUCCACAUCAUCGCGAGCAGCGCCGACCACUUCACCGGCUUCCCGCUGCUGCAGGACUGGGCCCGCGACGCCCACGAGCAGCGGAAGCGCAGCUUCCCCGCCCAGAACAAGGAUGCCCUCCACCUGACGCGUGCAUUCUACGAGGCCUGGCACAGCGCCAUGCCCACCGAGAGCCCCGCGAGCCGCCAGGUCCUUGCCUUUUGGAACUUUGUUCAUCAAUGGACUAGUCAAGGGUCUGCCUUCCCAAGCUCCUCCACGGGUCAGCCUCCUCCUACUUCUUCCUAUCGUGGUGCUGGUGCUGGUGCUGGUGCUGUUGACCUUGGCGCUGCCUUCUUUGACCACUGGGACAAGACCGCCACAGCACUGGACGCCAGAAACAAACUCAAGGUAUGCCCCCGGUGCCCCAAGUGCCGCGGCAUCUUCCUAUUCGCACAGUCAUGGAGCAGCCUCGUGUCGGAGAACAUUGACCCCAAACAGCCCCUCCAGAAGCCGUCCAGCCACACGCAGGAGUUUGGGAGCGGGUCGUGCGCAGAGCACCUCGGCCAUCUUUUCUGUCUGGACCUCUGCCGCAGCCGCGGUCAGGGUCAUGGUUAUGGGGAGGCCGUCGUCACUGCGGGCGGCGGGGUGGUGGCAGAGGAGCCAAUGCAGGUGCAGGGACAGGGACAGGGGCAGGGGCAGGUGCAGACUAGGAACAACGAGCGUCUCGAGCACAGCGGCGGAUGGAAUGUGGUGCAACACCACCGGGCUCGAGGAGGCCAGCGAGGCGGUGCAGGAUGGGGACAGUGA